AAACAAACACUCCAUUUAUAUAUAUCCACUUUAAAACAAUGUCAACAUCUCAAACUUCUCCACAAAUUCCCCCCAAGUAUUUAAGAGAGGAUCUACUUAGUGAUGAAUGUAAGAAAUUGCUCUUAACUCUACCAAAAGAAAAGGGUUGGCUUGCAUCACAUAUCUACAAUUACCAAGGGUUUUGGAUAGCACCAAGACAUCUACAAGGUGUGAUUGCAUGCCAACAACAGUUUCAAGCUCACGAUAGUGAUAUCAUCCUUGUUACAACUCCAAAAUCAGGAACAACUUGGCUAAAAGCACUUUUAUUUGCUCUGGUCAAUCGAAUGAAAUAUUCUAUUUUUGAACAAAAUCACCCUUUACUUGCCAAGAACCCUCAUGAUCUUGUUCCAUUUUUGGAGCUAAAACUUUAUGUUGAUGGUGGAGCCCCUAAUUUUUCAUCCUUCACUUCACCUAGACUCUUGUCAACUCAUUUGCCCUAUGCUUCAUUGCCAAAAUCUGUCCAAGAUUCAAGAACCAAACUUAUCUACUUAUGUAGGAAUCCUAGGGACACAUUUAUUUCUAUGUGGCAUUUCACAAACAAUUUAAAACUUGAUCACACCAAUACCAAUUCCAUCGAAGAAAUGUUUGAUUUUUUUUGUAAGGGUGUGAGUCUUUAUGGUCCGUUCUGGAAUCAUGUAUUGGAUUAUUGGACGAAAAGCAUAGAAAAACCUGACAAAGUAAUUUUUUUGAUGUAUGAAAAAAUUAAAGAGCAACCCAAAAUUCAACUUAAACGCUUGGCUGAAUUCUUAGAAUGUCCAUUUUCUAUUGAAGAAGAAAAUUAUGGAGUAGUGAAUGAAAUACAAAGAAUGUGUAGCUUUGAGAAUUUGAGCAAGUUAGAGGUGAACACAAAUGGAAAGUUGUCAUCUGGAGAGAAAAACAAAGCGUUCUUUCGUAAAGGGGAAGUUGGAGAUUGGAAGAAUUAUUUCACUAUAGAAAUGAGUGAAAAACUCAAUUAUAUUAUUGAACAAAAGUUUCAAGGCUAUGAAUUGAAGUUUUAAUAGAUUUAAUUGAGCACUGUAGACACGUGAUUUUUUAUCCUCCCCGAACUUUAACACAUUUGUAACAUUAAAUAUUUAUUAUUCCCAGUCUUUAUUUUAGCUUUUAGAUAUGGAGGAUUUGAUAUUAUUUUAGGGAUGAGUUUCUUAUCUCCCAAUCAUUGUGUCCUUAAUUGUUAUGCUAAAACUUUCACCAUAUCUAUGCCUGGAAUGGAAAGGUUAGAGUGGGAAUGUGUUUAUAAGCCUGCACCCUUAAGAUUUGAGUUUGCUAUUCAUGCCCAAGAUCCAGUUAAAAGGGGGUGUCAGGCAUUUCUAGCUCAUCUUUGGGAUAAUAGUACUUUAGUCCCUCCUAUUGCUUCAGUUUCAAUAGUAUGUGAAUUUCUAGAGGUGUUUUCUGAUGAUCUUCCUGGAAUGAUACCUGACUGUGAAAUUGACUUUUGUAUAGACUUAGAC